AUGAGCAAAUUAACAUUAUAUAAAGAUGACAACUAUAAUCUUCGAGAUGAUUUUGAUAUCGAUCAAUUGACUUUUUCUUAAUCUCAUCUAUUCUCUUAACAUGAAAACAUUAAUUAGAAAAUUUAGAAAUUCCAAAUAUUCAAUCCUUAACAUUAAGCCACUCUUGGUUUCAUCAAAUUAGAUGGUAAAAUUAAAUAUGACAUUUCUCUUUAAAUAAACCACAAAACCAUAUCAAAAAACAAGUAAAAACAUGAAAAUCCACAUUAAUGUCCUUUUUGUGAAAAAAAAUUUUAAUCAUCUUAAGCAGUUGGAGGACAUUUAUCAAGAACUCAUCCAGAUUAAUCAUAAAAUUACAAAUUUAAAGUUGCAAAAAGAGAGGAACGAAAAUAUGAACUAGAAAGAACUAGAUAACUUCAAUAUAUUGUUCAAAAUGACUUAGAUCUUUUAUGA